ACCAUUCGAAUUCAGUCACGGGAAGUGGAAACACCCUCGCUGUUUUUGUGAAAAUUUUAUUUUGAGAAAAAUGUAACUUCUCUAGUCUAUAUAGCGAAUUAUAGUUUAAAUUUGUGGUCGAAUUAAAAAUAAAUCUAAAAUUACAAUGCAACCCAAAGUCGUAGUAUUAAGUAGUGCUUUAGUAAUAAGCUUUCUAGCAACGAUCACGACAGUCAUAGCGGAAAAUGAUCGUCGUGGUCACUCGUCGGGAAUGUGUCCCUCGAUGUGUACCUGUAGUAUGAUCGAUAAGCUGAAACGUGCGGACUGCAGCCAUGAACAACUAAUCAACGCAUACACCGAUGUACCAACUGGUGUAGAAAUACUGGAUUUGAGCAUCAAUAAAAUAUCUUCUAUCGAAAAAGAUGAUUUCCAGGAAUACAAGCAACUGAUAAAGUUGUUCUUAUCGGAGAAUUCCAUCGAAACCAUUUCGAUGAAUGCAUUUGCGAAUUUGAAGAAACUGCUCGUUCUUGAUCUAUCCCACAAUCGACUAGAAAAACUGCACGAAGAUCUAUUCGAGACUAACGAAAACCUCAUCGAACUCAAUUUGUCGCAUAACAACUUCAUGGCCAUACAGAAUCAACCAUUCCUCAAGAGUCCUUCGAUUAUGACCCUCGAUUUGAGCGAGUGUAAGAUUCCUCAAAUAUACGAAAAUUCUUUCGUGUACCUACCAAAGCUGACCAUGAUGGAUCUUUCCGGAAAUGUGAUGAUCACCCUGCCGAAAGAAGCUUUCGCUCCAUUGAAGCGGUUGCGAAUUGUUGAGCUGUACGAAAACCGGUGGCAAUGCGAUAAUCUUCCGGUGCGCGCCACCAUCAACUGGAUGAAGAAGCGUGUCGAUUCGAUACAAAUCGAAAACUGCUUUCUCAACCCACAUCAAACCAAAGCCAAAUUUGAGAAAAUGGAACUGGAUCCUCACUUGGAGAAGAACAACCGCGAAGAAGUGCCUAUUGACCAAGUGUGGCAUACGUCAAUCGCCGAACUCUACCUGGACCAGAUAAAGGAAAAGUCGUGUGCCUAUAAUGACGAAGAGGACACGGAAAGUCGAAGAACAUGUGAAAAUUUAAUCACGUGCCAACACCGCUUUAGUGAACUCUAUUUCCAAUACGUCGCGAUGCAGAAAGAUCGGACAGAACACCCAGUGCACCACACAUCCACAAUAAGCAUGCCCGUAAUAACCAUGCUCGUGGGCAUGUUUAUCGGUGCUCUAUUCGGGUCGUUUCUGACCUACACUGUAGUAUGGUCAAUCCAAACAUGCAUCAAGCGAAAACAAUCCAGAGAACAGAAUAUGCCCACUUCUACAAGAGCCAUGAGAAGGGAGUUUCGUGAACGUAACCGAUUUGCACGUAAGAUGGAACUAGACACACGUCUCAACGAGUCACCUACGUUUCAACGUGCCAAUCGUCAAACAAUUGGUUGCCUUCCAUCACAUGAACAAUCGCAAAUCUACGGGAACCACGAAAACACGCGACAGUUUUUGGUGAACCUCUUUUCCAAACGCCAACCGCUCUACCUCAGGAACAACUCCCAAAUAUCCAAUCUGCACAAUCGCUACAUUCCACCCACUCCUAUUCGAGAUCGCAUCCAACUUCCCAUUCCUACGAGCCCUGCCGCACUGUCAACUAACAGUUUCACUUGGCAAGCAUCUACUACCGAUGAGCAACCCCGACGAUUGAACCAGGAGGAUGAACCUAUGCUGCGAACAGUCCACAACGGAGACAAUAGUCACCAGUGUUCCACCAAUUCCGUGUGGAACAAUGGUUACGAUAUUCACGAACAAAGCGGAGCGCUACACGCGAUAACUGCGGGGUCUGAGUCACGGGAGACACCACCGCCACCAUAUCUGGAUUGCACCACACUACCAUCCAACGACGUAAACCCCUCCCGGGCGUGAUAU